AUGACCCCCGAGCUUGAAGCCUUUGCGCGAGCCAUAUCGCGCGUCCUGGGCUGGGCCUACUUCCUGUCGUGGUCCCUAUCCUUCUACCCGCAACCCAUAUCGAACUACCUCCGCAAAUCUACGCUCGGCCUCGCCAUCGACUUCCCCACCCUCAACGUCCUCGGCUUCACCUGCUACACCAUCUCCACCGCCUGCUUCCUCUACUCGCCGACGAUAAAAGCGCAAUAUGCGGCACGUCAUCCUGACGCGCCGGAGACGACGGUGCGGUUCAACGACUUCUUGUUCGCGGCACAUGGAGCAGUCAUGUGCGUGAUUAUAUAUAGUCAGUUCUUUGAGAAGAUUUGGGGCUUUGAGAUUGGUAAGAGGCAAAAGAUGAAUGGGGCUGGACGGGGAUACGAUGCCGAGGGGUGGGCGUGGAUUGAUGUUAUCUACACGCUCGGCUACGUCAAACUCCUCACCGUCUUCCUCAAAUACAUACCCCAGGCCUGGGUCAAUUAUAAGCGCAAGUCGACACUGGGGUGGAGUAUAUACCCUAUGCUCCUAGACUUUGCGGGUGGCUGGCUUUCGCUCGCACAGUUGUGCAUUGAUUCUGCGCUGGAGAAUGAUUGGAGUGGUGUUACUGGUAAUCCAGUCAAGUUUGGACUGGGCAACAUCACUAUUGUGUUUGAUAUUAUCUUCAUGCUGCAGCAUUACGUGCUGUAUCGGCACCCGGGGAAGCAUAUUGAUGAUGAGGAUGAGGAAGAAAGGGAGGGGCUUGUACAGGGUCGGAGAGACUAG